GUUUUCCUUAACAUCCAUCAGCCGCUUCCUUUGUACUCUCUCUUUCUUAAGAGCAUUUUCUCUCUCGUUAACGGCAAAAAAAAAAAUGGUUAGCGACUCGGACCUGGUGACCCGACUCCGAGAGAUUCUCCGUAGCUCCGACCUCGAAACGACGACUCCGGCAACCGUCCGGCGUCAACUGGAGGCGGAUUUCGGUGUGGAAUUGACGGAUAAGAAGGCCUUCAUCAGAGAUCAAAUCGAUGCUUUCCUCGAGAGCAAUGGCGGAGGAGCUGGAGAAGAAGAGAAUCCAGAUAGCCCCCCUAAGGCUGAAGAAGAUGCCGAUGAAAUGACCAAAGAAGGCGAUGGAGAAGAAGAAGAAGACGAUGAAGAGAAGGAAGAAAGGCCAGUAAAGGCUAAGAAACGAGGUGGUGGUGGAUUCGCCAAAGUAUGUCAGCUUUCUCCUCACCUUGAGAAGUUUCUUGGUUCCUCUCAGUUAGCUCGCACUGAGGUUGUGAAGAAAAUGUGGGCAUAUAUUAAAGAGAAAGACUUGCAAGACCCAAAGGAUAGAAGGAAGAUACUCUGUGAUGAGUCUCUGCAUUCCUUGUUCCAUGUCAAGUCCAUUAACAUGUUUCAGAUGAACAAGGCGUUAGCCAAGCAUAUCUGGCCCUUGGGUGAUGAUGGGUGUGUAACCAGUGUGAAAGAAGAAGAAGAUGAAGGUGAUGCAUCAGGGGAAAGAGACGAGAAAGAGGACAAAAACGAAGAAGUGGAAGAGGAUAACGAAGAAGAAAGUGAAGAGGAAGUCAGGAGUUUGCGUAAACGCAAGAGAAAGAAGCCAGCCAAGUCCGAGGAGAAGCCCAAGAGGAAAGGAGGUGGUGGAUUUGCUAAAGUUUGCAGCCUCUCGCCAGAGCUUCAGGCUUUUACUGGGAUGACAAAAUUAGCCAGGACAGAGGUUGUGAAAAUGCUUUGGAAGUACAUAAAAGAGAACAAUUUGCAAGAUCCAAAGGAUGGACGCACAAUCAUCUGCGACGAAUCAUUGAGAUCUCUGUUCCCUCUCGAGUCCAUCAAUAUGUUUCAAAUGAAUAAACAUCUAACCAAGCACAUAUGGCCUUUAGAGGAUGAUGCAGGAGAAUCAGCUGGCUCUAGCUCUCCAAAAAAUGGAAAGCUAAAAAUGGAAACAGAGGAAGGAGACACAGAGAGUGAAGAACUAAACGAGAAUGAAGAAAAGCCAAAGAAGGAAGGUUGUGGUCUUCUUGCUCCACUUCCACUUUCAGAUGCUCUUAUCAAGUUCUUGGGUGAUGGAGGAGAAAGCUAUUUGUCGAGGGCAGAUGUGGUAAAGAGAUUGUGGGAGUACAUAGAACAGAAUGAUCUUCAGGAUCCUUCUGAUAAGAGGAGAAUCAUAUGCGAUGAGAAGCUGAAAGAACUCUUUGAAGUUGAUUCAUUCGAGGACAUAUCAGUCUCAAAACUCCUGACCAGCCACUACAUCAAGAUCGAACAAUGACUUUGAAGCCCUCUUUCCAAUGCGGAUGGGAGACUUAUAUUUCGGAACAGUAGAGGUCGGUUCAGGACUUUAAACUCGGCAAAGCCAUAGAGUCAAAAGACUAAAAAGGUAAUUGCAUUUUGAGACUUGGAAGCAUAUGCGUUUUCUGAAUUUGCUUGCAAGUGCAUCCUUUUGAAGUGAUCUCAAAUGUUGUCUUUUUGGUAUAUAGUGACAAAACUAGAAUGGAUAUGUUUUGAGACAAAACUAAUUGUUUUAGUCAUUUCCUCUUUUUUUAUCGUAGACCAUAAAAGUACACAUCACUUUUGUCUUAAUGAUACAAAACAUUAUCGUU